AAAGAGUUGUUUUUUGCCUUUAAAAUACUACUAGGUAUGUUCCACCUUCGGAUCGUAAACCUAGUCGAAUUAGCCGAAGUCACUCUCACGCUCACGGCUCGGUACAUGAACGCCGGGAUAUUCGGGAGAGCAUCUUCGCCGACACGUCCAGAUAGCGCCGGGGCGAGAAAAGUGCGCUACUGCCAGCCGUUGUACAGAUCGACGCACGACCUCAGUUGCGUUACAACCGUUGGUACGAGCACACGGCGGAAAAUUGAAACCAACAGACGAAGAAAUUCCAUUGCGAGAAAUUCCACCAAUCGUGUGUUUGAGGGUGACUUCUAAAAAUGCUUUGGCUUCGGCAGUUAUGUGUGAGAUGCUCGAUGGAAAAAUGUAAUCCACUCAGAGCUUAGUUUAGAUUUGUCUGUUCACCCUAAGAUGAAAAGUUGAUCCAUCUUGAAAGAAAACAGUGAAAAGUGAAAAGAAAAUCCAAAUCCGAAAGGUGAAAAAUUCAUCUGCGUGACGUGAUUACAAACACAUUCCAUAUUGAUUUAUUGCCUGUCAAAACGCAGCGCAAAAACAAAAGUUUAAAAGUAAAAAAACCAAAUUGACUGACAAAAAAAAGGAAAACUGUAUAGCUUGCCAGUUAUACAGAGUGAUGUGUAUAAAUGUGUGCUGCCAACAAAGUUUUGCUAGAUUAAAAUAUAUUACCGUGCAAAAUGAUAAGAUGAAUAGUGAAAAAAUAAUAUAAUUACAAAUCGGAUGUUGUCAAUCUGCUUAGAUACGGAAAGUGGUAUCUCGUACCACUAAGUGGUACACUGAGUGGUUCCAGAUAGUAUCCUUCGCAGAAUGUUGUCCUUAUCGUUCUACGCAUCGAUGGCAAACGACCCGAAAGUGGGGAUAAACGGACGGGAAGGCUUUAUUAAUUAACUCACCGGACGGUAGAACAUGAACCGAAAGGAUUACUAAUUAACCAUCCAAACAGACCCUGCUAAACAAACGUCCAUUCCUGCUGCGUACCGCCUACAUACCAACAACAAGAAGAAAUCAUGCAAGCAACGGAUAUCACGGCAUAUCACACUGCCUACAACUACACACUCAACCAGACGGACGUGAAAAUUGUCCUGGAAGAUGAAAAUCUUUACCAAGUUCCCAUCGGACUGCUGGUGCUGUUGUCCAUUUUCUACGGCACCAUCAGUAUCCUGGCAGUGAUAGGAAAUACGUUGGUGAUUUGGAUCGUCAUCACAACCAAGCAGAUGCAAACGAUCACCAACAUGUUCAUCGCCAAUCUGGCACUAGCGGACGUCACGAUCGGUGUGUUCGCCAUCCCAUUCCAGUUCCAGGCGGCCCUGCUACAACGUUGGAACCUGCCCGAGUUCAUGUGCCCGUUCUGUCCGUUCGUGCAGCUUAUCAGCGUUAACGUGUCCGUCUUUACGCUCACCGCCAUUGCUGUCGAUAGGCACCGGGCCAUCAUCAAUCCCCUCAGAGCACGAACGUCGAAAAACAUCUCCAAGUUCGUCAUUAGCACCAUCUGGAUGCUAUCGUUUGCAUUAGCCGCACCGAUUCUGUUCGCACUACGAGUACGUCCAGUAUCCUACAUUGCGCUGGGUGGUAUGAACGAAACGUACACAAACGUUACUGUUCCGUUCUGUAAGGUGGUCAACUUUGAGCAUGGGGAAAUUCAACUGUAUCGCUACAUCCUUGUGCUGGUACAAUACUUCAUACCGCUGUUCGUUAUCAGCUUCGUUUACAUACAAAUGGCCCUUCGGCUGUGGGGCUCGAAGACACCGGGAAAUGCGCAAGACUCACGCGACAUUACUAUGCUGAAGAACAAGAAGAAAGUUAUUAAAAUGCUGAUUAUCGUUGUGGCACUGUUUGGCGUUUGCUGGUUUCCUUUGCAGCUGUACAACAUCCUACAUGUGACGUUGCCAGAAAUCAAUGAAUAUCGCUUUAUCAACAUCAUUUGGUUCGUCUGUGAUUGGCUGGCAAUGAGCAACAGCUGUUACAAUCCAUUUAUCUACGGCAUUUAUAACGAAAAGUUUAAGCGCGAAUUUCGCAAGCGUUAUCCAUUUAAACGUGACCAAACGUACAACCACACACAUGACACGGAUAAAACAUCGUCCAUUUUUACGCGCGUCAGUUCUAUCCGGUCCAGCUAUGCCACAUCGUCCAUACGCAACAAGCUGAGUACCAAUCGCUAUUCGGCAUCGAAGCAGCUUCAGGCACAGUUUAAGUUUCCUCCACCCAACCAUCAGUUUCAUCAUCCCUCUUCUACCCACAACAACGGAGCCCAUCUGCACGAGCUAACGUAUGGACUAAAGAAAAAUCUCUUGAAUUUUGACGACACUGCAACGACCACCUUUGCUCAGAACCGACCGAUCAGCUGGGAGCAAAAGAUGGACCAGCAGUUGAUUGAACACGAUAAGCUGAUUGUAUCCUCCAUAGAUCCUGACCAGCAUGGAAUACUCGCGAGUUCCAGCAUGGACGACAGCGAAGAUCAUCAACUACGCACAAAGGCACCGAUCUCGUUACCAUUAAAGCGAACGGAAACCAUUGAUAACGUUACGAGUCGAACACCGAAUCAGCGAAAUGGUUCGUCUCGAGAAUCCACCCUAACCACCAAUUAUAUCGACCGGAUGGCACUGAAACAUCCACAUCCGGACAGUGGAGGUGAGAGUGGCGAUGGUGAACCGAAACCGGGUAAAAGCUCCAUUGAGGAAGGUAAUUCUGGAGGACAUUUGUACUGUAACGAUUUGGACGAGCUUGGACCAUACUUUGACUAAGGGGGGAAGCAAGCUUAAUGCCGAAUCUCACACGUCAUCCAGUGCGAGAAAUGGUGUAUUGUGAAAAGUUUUUUUUUAGUUUUUUUUAUUAAGUACAAAACAAGCAAAGUGUAUUAAUUGUGAGCUGUUUGCAUUUAAUGAGUCUAAAUAAAGUUAAGAUUAUUAAUCAAUAUUUUCAUUAUCGUUAAGAAACAUUUGUCUCAAGAAAAAUGUAGUUUAGAUGUGAUAACAUAAUUGUCUAAAUUAAACCGAUAAAACAAAGAUUAAAUAAAGCAAUCGUAUAUCACAAUCACGGUA